AUUGCAAAGCACAACAUUUUUAUGUGCUUCGAGACUAGUAGAUAUUGAUAAAAUAUUUAUUCUUUAACAGUUGCAUGUACGGUCAAGACAAAGAAGAAUGAUAAAUUUAAGUACAAAGAUACAUACAUAUGUAUAAGAAAUGAGACGAACUAUACAACUUCGACUCCAGAAUACACAUUUUCCACAAAACUAGAAACAACACUGACAUCAGUAACCAAACUACUAACAACUACACCGAGCCUGUCCACAGAAUCGACUCCGACGUUUGAAACCGUUAUCUCUGAAGAGACCAGUACGAUGUCUUCGACACAAUCUGAAAUAUCAUCGACGUAUUCUGAUAUUCCAUCAUUUACGUCAUUAUCGCCAACGCAAUCUACGACUAGGCAAUCAACAUCACUUAAAACAACAACCUCUGCAACAACCACUAUGAAAACAACGUUAAGUAUCACGUCAUUUGCGACUACAAUAAUGAUUUUAACGACAGAUAUAACGACGGAGGAGGCAACAAGCACGACGGCUGCGCCCGAAACAUCGUUAGAGACUUCAUCACAGGUUCCCUCAAAGGUAACGAGCACAAUAGAAACGACAGACACAUCAACAACGAAUGCAAGAACGAUUAAAGAUACGACGACAGCCACAACGCCUUCACAAGUUUCAACAGACUCAAGUUCUACAAUAUUUCCUCCAACAUCGAUUUUAUCAACUACAGAAAUUACAACGUUUAAUCCAAACACUACAACCGAAGGCACGAGUGUUAGUACAACCGGAAUGACGACAGCGAUUGAUGAAGAUACAAGGGACUGCAUCGAAUUUGCCGUCAUCAACUUUAAUUACAUCGUUAGACAUGCUACGACCAACGUAGCUUGCAUCCUAAUCAAUAUGAAAAUGUGGAUAAAUUUGCAAUACACGAUGGAAGAUUCCCAGAUAGGCAAGGCUAGGUUGAUGGUUCCGACGAAGGUGAGGACUACGGGUGACUGCGAUGAGAAAAGGGCCAAGAUAACUCUGAGUUGGGACGAACCUACCGAGACUCGAACAGAUAAGAACGACGAUAAGGAAAAUAGAAUCAGUUUUCAUUACGCCCAUAAUGACGUCACGUUCUUCCUCGACUCUGUUUUCGUCGACAUACAUUUGGAUAGCAACAAUUUCCCACGUGCGCGACAGAACAGAAUUAGUGGAGGCGGAAAGGAUCUGCAAUUAUUUCAUGCUCCAGUAAAGGAUGGAAUAUUUGUAUGCACAAUGGACACUGUAAUAAAUAUCGAGAACCAAAUAACCGCCGUUACCUCUGAUGUACGUUUAAUUGUAUUUAACAAUUGCAGCAAGAGUUGCUGGAAAACGGUGGAUAAUUGCAUCUCCAAGACAAGUGUUAAUGUUAGUGCAAUCGUCGGUGCAGGAAUAAUUGGUAUUCUUUUGAUUUUCAUCAUUUUCUAUUUAGUGUGGCGCAAAAGAAAAACUAAUUUCGUAAGCUUUAAAACUUUCACUGACUAUUCUUUCUCUCAAACAAUAGUUUUAAGAAAAUGGCUUUAUCUUGAUAAAAAUCAUAGAGAAUCCUAACGAUACCUCAGUGACGUUGUAGAAAAAAAUUAAGUUAUGUAUUGCCUCUAUAUCUUAUGUAAAUAGUCACUGACAAUACAAUAAAAAUAUAUUUAUAUUUUA